AUGCGACCACUCUCGCUGGUGCUAGCGACGCUCGCUGGCGGUGCGCUGGCGCAGAACGCCACCACUGCGGCGACUAGCGCCAUCACCAACGCCUCCGCGCCGGCGGCGGUCGAGGAUAUUGCCGAGGAGGGUGGCAAGCGCUUUGGCCUCGACAUUAUUCGGCCUGCGCCCACAAAGGAGGACCUGGAGGCCGACGCCAGCGCCGAUCGACUCGCCGCACUCGACGCGGAGGCAGUCGAGCCCGAAAGGCCGGCCGCCGUCUCCAACGCGUCCAUGGCCAAGCUGGCAGCUGGCGCCGCCGCCGCCAAGUCGGCAGGGCCGCCGGGCACGACAGCGGCAGACGCGGCUCGCGCCAUCCAGUCGGCAGAGAGGUACUGCGCCGCGGCUGCGAUGACUCUCUGCGCGGACGGCGCGGCUCCCGCGGCGAACAGCUCCGGCGCGGGUGGCGGAGGCGUCGCCUCCCCUGCUCCUCUUGCGACGGUGAGGGAGAGCCUCGGCUGCUUGCUCCGCCUCGCCGCCUCUGGCUCUGCCGACGCCAACGGCGCCGCGCCCGCAGCGCCUCUGCUCGGCGACGCCAUCCCGCCGACGUGCGGCCGUGCGCUCUCCACGCUGCACGCGGUGCUGCUGCACCAGCCGCUGCUCGACCCGCGCCUCGCCGCAGCCUGCGAGGGGCCGAUCCGCGGCGGCGUCUGCCGCGACGAGGACGGCGGCGCGGCGGACGGCCUCGGCUUGAUGCGCUGCCUCCGCUCUCCCGCCGCCGACUGCCGCGACGCGGUGACGCGGAGGAUGCUCGAGGAGGCGCGGAACCUGACGCUGGACGUGCAGCUGCACCGCGCCUGCUCGGCGGAGCUGGCGGCGCCGCCCUGCUCCCUCGUCGCCGCGGGCGGAGGCAGCGCGCCGCGAGGAGGCGCGCGGCGCGCCUGCCUGCAGCGGUCGCAGUACCGGUACCUCGCCGGGAGGCCGGAGGAGGCGCGGGCGGAGGGAGAGAAGGUGGGCGCGGCCCCGCCGCAGCGGCCGAUGGGCAAGGAGUGCGCGCACUACCUCUCCCUCUCCGAGAUCGAGCGCGCGGACGACGUUCGCUUCCACGCGCCGCUGCUGCAGGCGUGCGCGGCGGAGCGAGCCUCGCUCUGCGCCGACUUCCCCGCGGGGGCGUCGCAGGUCCUGUCUUGUCUCCUCCGCCACCGCACGCACCGCGACACGUCGCCCCGCUGCGCCGCGAGGCUGCUCGAGCACCAGCAGCGCCGCAUGGCGGACUUCCGGCUCGACCCGACUCUCACCGCAGCGUGCGCCGACGACAUCGUCGCCCUCUGCCCGGACGCGCCGCUCGGCAAGGGGGCGGUCAUUGCGUGCCUCAUCCGGAAGGAGGCGGAGGUGGCCGCCAAGCCGUGCGCACACGAGGUGCACCAGCUCGCGGCGGCGGCGACGAGCGACGUGCGGCUCAACGCGCCCCUGUACGAGGCGUGCGCGCCGCACGUGCUGCCGGGCGGCGUGUGCGGCUCCGUCCCGCCGGGCCAAGGCCGCGUGCUCGAGUGCCUCAAGUCGCAGGCGCGGCUGCCCAACGGCACCGCGGUGCUCGGCGCGGGCUGCGCCGCCGAGGUGGCGUCGCUCGCGCGGACCCAGGCCCGGGACGUGCACUACAACGCGCCCAUCGUCGCCGCGUGCGCUGCGGAGCUACACGACGCCGCCCUCUGCGGCGGCGUCUCCUCGCACGGCGAGGGAGAGGUGCUGCACUGCCUCGAGGAGAAGCGGCUCGAGCCGGCGAUGAGCGGCGCGUGCGAGGCGUCACUCAGCAGCUCGCGAGCGAUGAGCGGCGCCUGCGAGGCGGCCGUGACAAAGGACUUUGUACAGCGCGCUGCGUCGGUCGACACGCUCGUGGCGCUGCGCACGGUCUGCGCGGCGGAUCUGGCGCUGCUGUGCGGCGAUGCGCUCAUCGCGACGGGCCUCUCGCGCGAGCAGGCGCCGCUCUCCAACUCGACUGCCGUCGUGGUCGGCGCCCAAGAGCGGGUGCACGGCUACGCGCUCGCCGUGAGCGAGAACGCGCUCGCAAACGCGCCCCUCGCCGCCGCUUGCUCCGCCGACAUCUCGAAGCAUUGCGCGGCGGUGCAGCCGGGCGGCGGGCGGGUCCUCGACUGCCUGGAGCGGGUGGCGCGCACGCGGGCGCACCUGGCGCCGCAGUGCGCCGAGCAAGUCCUCUCCCAGAUGGCUGCGGAGCUCGCCGACCCCUCCACCUCCUUUGGUUUGCGCCGCGACUGUUCUGCGGCCCAGCUCUGCCCAAACGAGACGGCCGCCUCCAAGUCGCUGCCGGUGGCCAAGCGCUACACCGGGCUCAUGCAGUGCUUGCAGGCCAAGCACGCGAAGCUUCCCGAGGGCGCUUGCCGGGUCAAGGUCCGCUCUUCGCUGCGCGUGCUCGCCUACUUCCCGACCGCAAACUCGCCCCUCCUCGCCGAGUGCCGCGACCAGUUCACAGCCUACUGCGGCGCCCCCGACGGCGUCGACCUCAUGGAGGACGACGCAUUGCUGCGCUGCCUGCGCGAGCACCGCGCCCUCUUCACGGGCGGCUGCCGCGCCAAGGUGAUGUCCAUCGAGCGUAUGGCGCACAACGAGAUGGACUUCAACGCGGAGGUGUCCGAGGCGUGCGCGGUCGAGCUGCGCACGCAGUGCCGCGGCGUCGACUCGCGGCAGCAGCUCUCGUGCCUCGAGCGGAUGGGAGAGGUGCGCGCGGCGAAGCUGGCGCCGACUUGCAGCAGGGUGCUGCAGGGCUUCAAGGAGCGCGCCGCCCAGUCGGUCGAGCUGAUGGGCAAGGUCUCCUCCGUUUGCCGCGAGGACUACGAGCUCCUCUGCGCGAGCGCUUCAGCGCUGCAGCACCCCGGCGCGUCGAUACAGUGCCUCAAGGACUCGCGAGGGCAGCUGCGCUCCAAGGACUGCAAGGCGGCCGUCCUCGGCCUGAUGGCGGGCGCGUCGCGCGACUCGCGGCUCGACGCGCCAUGCUGCAGAGC